CACGCGCGUUUCUAAGGAAAUCGUUUAUGAUCUCGUGAUUUAUAUUUCACAACCAGACAUGCUGGAACACAGAAGCUGUGAAGCCUCUCCUGAACACCCCACUGCAGCUUUUAAACUAGCGGGAAAGGAAACAUGUCGAGCACGAUCAAAGAGCUCACUUUGAACUAGAAAUGUGCCUUUCCUGAAGGAAACGCAGGAUAGUUGCGCAGCGGAUACAAUGGAAGUCGAUACAAAAUACGAGGGAUGAAAAAACUCCAUAUGGAAGAGUAGGGGUCAGUAAUGCGGUGGAUUUGAUCUCGUGGACCUGCGCUGAAUGAGUACACCGACCAGCGGGAAAGCAAACAUGUCGAGCACGAUCAAAGAGCUCACUUUGAACUACGACCCGGUUAACGAGGCCAACACCUUCUCGAGCGGCGACGUUCUUCAGGGGCGAGUUUUUCUGGAAGUGGCCAAAGAGGCGAAGAUCAACUACUUGUACAUUAAGUGUAAAGGGGACGCGGACGUGAGCUGGUCAGAGGGAAGUGGUGAUGACGAGGACUCAUACCACGCUCACGAGAGAUACUUCAAACUGAAGCAGGUUUUUAUUCAGGACCCCUCCAAACCCGCAAAAAAAGAACCAAAUGUCAUUAUAACAACUGGGGAGACCUAUGGUAAUGUGGUAAGGCCUGGAAGACAUGCUUUUCCAUUUAGCUUUCAGCUGCCCAGUGGGAAUAUGCCACGAUCUUUUAAAGCAUAUUAUGGGUCAGUUGUGUACAUUUUGGAAGUCAGACUGGGUCGGUCAUGGAAGAUGGACCGCACUGCGAAAAUAGAAUUCAACUUUGUGCCAAGGAUUGAUGCUGGUGUUAAUUUCAUGAGCCCACAGAGUGCAGCUAUAGACAAAAAGAUGAAGCUUUUCACCUCUGGAAGUGCGUCAAUGAGAGCAACGAUUGACAGAACGGGUUAUAUGCAAGGUGAUGUCAUCAGAGUUUCCACCAGUGUUGAAAACUCCUCAUCUCGCCAGCUCAAGCUAAAGUACAAACUAGAGCAAAUACAGGGCUUCUAUGCACAAAACAGCUCUAAGCACUCAUAUAAAACCAUUUUCAAAUUGGUAGGAGAUCCUGUCCCAACUGGAUCAAAGCAAAUAGUCAACACAGAUCUGAAGAUCCCACCUAACCUGGAACUAACCGUCGCAAAUAGCAGUAUUAUUAAACUGGAGUACAUACUUAAGGUCUAUUUGGAUGUCCCCUAUGCAAGUGACCCAGAGAUCAAAUUUCCAGUGACCAUUCUUCCUGUAGGCCAGCUUUUCGGUCCCCAGCAAAGCUCACCAAGCUUUCAACACAAUGAUCCCUAUCCUCCACCCCAGGCUGCAUUUGGGCCCAGUCCUCCACCUCAGGUUGCAUUUGGGCCUAGUCCUCCUGGUGCUGCCUUUGGACCAGCUCCAGUACUUUACCCUAGCCUUUACCCUUCACCUGUGUAUCCACAGCCAGCCAAUCCAGAAGCUCCUCCUUCCUAUACAGAUGUCUAUCCAAAUCAAAACCCAACAGUUCCAGGAUUCCAGCGGCCUCCAUCAGCUCCAUCCUGCAAUCCUCCACCAUAUUCUGCUAUGGGUUAUCCAGGUCCUUCUGCCCCACAGCAGAAUCCAGCACCAAGUGCUCCAGAGUUCUGUCCAAAUCCGUCUAACCCACCCUAUAGUCAAGCAGGAGGUCCCCCUGGAUACUGGCCAAAUUCAGCCAAUCCAACCAACCAGUCAGAGCCUUAUCCAACUAAACCACCAGAAGAAAAACAUGCAUAAUCACACGUGCCUUUGAGUUCUCCAUGUGACGAGAAGAUCAUUAUGCAGUUAUGAGCAAAUGAGCAUAGAGAACAUUAUGGUGUUUGCUUCACUGUGACAGUCUGUGAUGAAGUUUUGAAAAGCCGUUAUGACAGUUUAUAGAAUAGUAGUGCAUUUUCAAAUAUUAACCUCAAGAAGCGUGUAAUUUUAAGUUGUUAUUGUUUUAUAAAUGCCUUUAUGAAUGUUGCUUUGUUUCAGAGGUGAAUAGGGCAGCUACAGGAGGACUUCAUAAUCAUAUACUCAGACACAAAUGCUGCAUGGACUUUAAUGUGCUUGAAUCAUGAAAAGCCACUAAAGUGCUAUUAGAUAGUAAAUCUAAAAAUGUCUAUUGUAUAACUAUAUAUGUUAUAUAUAUAUGAUUUAUCUUUGUUUUUAAAAUAUUUUACCCACAUUUCUAAAGGUAUUAUUAUACCUGGUAUAUAAUGAAGUUGAAUUUUAA